ACAUACACACACAAACAUACACACAAACACACACAAACACACACUUUCCAACUACAUUCUCACCCAAAUAUACACUCACGCACAAAAAACCUAACGUAUACACAUAAUAAUUAUCCUCUCCUUCCCUUAUCCCUUUCCACACCCCUUCCACCACCACCAAAAGGAUACUCGUCAAAUGCUAUGCGCAAAGCAAAUCAAGGUUCGAGGGAAGGAGACAGAGGGAGAGUGGGGGACGAGGGAGUGGUAGAGGAUGGGAGGGAGAAUCAGAUAGAUCGCACAUCUCAUCAAAACGAACCUCAAGAUGGGACCGACGUAGAGACAGGGUAUAAAAGCUGUAGGGGCUUGUCCACUCGAGUCCCAUUCUGAGGUAGAAGUGGCGUCAUGCAGCGCUUCUGACAGUGACAGGCGUCUGGCUGAGCGUAGAAACGAGACGCAGCUUCGCUCGAGAUACUGACCGUGCCGCCUGAUUUGUCACCACUAUUUCGGUCUUUUUUCCCCCAAAAAAUUUGCCUGUAUAGCUUUAUAAUAAUAUCUCUGUGUGUUGUCCCCCCUGUAAUGUCUCGGCGCUCUGUGAUACUGCUGGUAUAAUUCUGGGGCCAGUCUUGCGAUUGUGUAACAGAAGGAGGAGGAGAAGGAGGAGGUCGUUGUUGGAUCCACAAGGAAGUUUUGUUUGAUGGUUUUUGUGCCUGUCAUCUUGGUGUGAGGCGUGGGGACACAUUUGGGACACGAUGAGGAUUCCUCGGCGUUGAUUGGAGAAGUACAAAAGGAUGUCUGGGUCAUAAUAUUUGAUUCACUAUUAAAGCACAGAUCCGCCCAUCGUCAUGACAGUAGGCGUGGUUGUGCUGCCCUACAUCAUUCCGAUGUUGCUGGGCCGUACGUUCGACAUGUUUACGUCACAGGUGGGCGUGGACAUCUUUCCGCAGAAGUCCAUAGAGAACCCAAUCGUCAUCGAGAGAAGCUUCGUGCACUCGGACUUCCGGGUCAUCAGAAAUGAUAGCGAGGCUCGGCACUUCCUAGGAGUGACUGAUGACCUCUCCCUCCGGGUCAAGGCCGGAGUUUUGCACAUCGCUGCGACGGGCGACUAUUUGAAAGAUGUCCAAACGAGGGAAAAUUACGUGGAGAUUCUCGUCAAGUCACAGGACAAAUGGGAGGGAGAAGGCUUAUUCUAUCAAGAAUCUCCAUCAGUUUACUGGGAGAAUGUGCCCUACUCAGCCUAUGUUGGCCCACGAUCCCCCGGCUUCUCCACCUUCGAUGGCCAAGUCGAUCAUCGUCCCGGCGAGGUCAAAGUUCGUCAGGAGUACCACUCCUUUGAGGACAAGCUCAAGCGGAUGGUCUACGCCGCGGAGGAGAAGAUGGGCAACGACCUGGGCAUCAGGAUCAAGUACUACAGCACCGUCACUGCCCCUUACGUCCCUCAAGACAUUGACAGCUUCCUCAAGCUGCUGGAGGACUUUCCAGCACAGGCAGAAAAGCUCAACGGAGGUCGAGGGGUGCCGCUGAAAGUGGAAUUGGUGCCACUGCACGAACUUUCAGCAAGAAUGAUCGCUCUGAGACCGAACAAAUAUUUGGAGAAGACGUUAGAGGAUAUGGACGACAAAUUCUCCGAUCUGCUCGUCACUCACGCGGCCAUAAGAAGCAUCUCCGAGAAAACGAAACCGAAGGACUACAAGGAAAACUGCGAGGUCCAUGACUACGGCAGUGACAUCCAUGGGAAGUUGGACGUAUUCAAAGACGUCAUACGAAGAUUGGAUACCGCCUCGCCCUCGGCGCUGUUUGAGACGAAGAGAGCUUUGCAGGCAUACGAGCAGAAAGAAGAACCGGAUGACAAGUGGGGCUAUUAUAAAAAACUGAAACACAUUAAAGAAGAUGUGGAACACACUGAAGAACUGACUGGGGGCGCUCACUCUAAAAACAAGGUGUCGUCAAAGAGCCACGCAGAGCAGAACGGCCAACAACUUCACGUCGUCCCCGUCUCUGGCUCGUCAAGAGGAGCCACAAGUCAUUCCAACGGUGGGGGUUCGAACCUCAUGUCAUCCAACUUCACGCCACUGGACCACUUCGGCUACCUUGCGGAGAUGUCCAUGGCCAACGGCGUGUGCGCCUCUCUGAACAAAUUCAGCGGCAGUUUCCUCACACUACGCCGCAACUGCACCAUCUCGGGAGUGACUUGCUCCAGGAUGUGCUGGGCUCUCCAAGAGCACGUGACUCCGCCGCUAGGCAACGGCGCCCCCGGCCCCAGAGUCACUCGCCAGGGAGGGGAGUGUGUGGGGGUGGUGGUGGCGGAGUUGCACGUGAGCCAGGACGUGGCUGUGGGCGCCAGGACCAUCAACUUGGGCAGGAACGCGUGUGACCGCGCCCACUGUUACCACGAGUACUGUUGCUGCAGGAUGGGCGGCCGGAUUGGUAUACUGUAGAUUCCUCGUCACCAAACCACCUGCGAUACAUGUACAAUUCUAUUUAAUACCCGGUGCCCAUUGCAGGUAGGAUAGGAUCGGGAUGAUCGCCCGACUCGUCACCUGAAAACGAACGCGUUUGAUUUUGAGGCGACGAGUCUGGCGCGAUCGG